GCAGGCGAAGCAACAGGACAUCCUCGAUUCCCUCCGGUUGGAGGCAGCUGCGGAGGCCAGACGCCGUCGCCGGCAGGAGAUGGAGGCACAGCAGGCCGCAAAGGAGGUGGAGAUGCUCGCCUACAUGGAUGAGGUCGAGCAGGAGGAGGGUGGGACGGGGCCCUCCUACCCGCUCGUCCAGCCGGCGCCCGGCAUUGUCGUCGUGGACAUCUCCGACGACGAAGAGUAACUAGGGUAGUACGUAGGAUUUUUUUUUGCAUGCUUUUUAUGGAUGUAGGGGAUGAAAUAUGAGAGAAGCGGAUGCAAAGUGGCUAAUUUGAGGCGUUACUGGUCUCUGUCCGCGGAUGUCUGAGGGGCCUAAUUUGCAAAGUCCGGCUGUAGAUGCUCUUAGCGGUACACAAAAUGGAAAAAAUGAAGGGGCCGGACGGGGUGACACUUUGUGGGAGGGCCCAACACGAGACAAGGAAGGAGACACAAAGGAGAAAAGGGCAAAAGGGAAGACGGAAAGAGAAACGGCGAGGACGGUCCUUUCUCCCUAAGCUAGGAUCCCCAGCCAGCCAACCAGCAUCUUCUCAUUCCCUUUUUAACUUUCACCAUGCAAAAUAAUAAUAAUAAUUUGGAAUAUGCAUGUUCUCAUCCGAACACAGGUGAUAAUAGGCAGCCGUGAUGGCACAUUCCAUAUGUUUCCAUUCAGGAAUGGAAACACGGCCGGCGAGUAUGGAAGGGAGCAAAACCACAUUGACUCCUGGCGCUGGCUGUACACCAUCUGUCCUCCCUUCAUAUCCCCUUCUCUCUCUCAUACACAACCGACCUCUACGGCUUCCUUCUUUUGCCAUCCUAAAGGAAGGGAGGAGACGAGAGGAGAGAUCCAAGAGCAGAGACAAGUGAUUGAUCAAUGGCGAUGGACCAAGAGCUGCCGCUUGAGCUUGGCGACUUCUCCAUCGCCAUGGACGCGUCGUCCCUCGCCGCCCUCUGGCCGGCGACGCCGCUGCUCCCGCCGGAUCUCCACUCUACUUACCCAGACCAAGAGAGCUCCUCGUCGCCGUGGCGUGCCAUGCAGAUCGUGGAGGAGGUGAGGCGGAGGCUGGCCGCGGCCACGGCGGAGCUGGAGGCGGCCAAGGAGGAGGUGCGCCGCAAGGAGCAGAGCAUCGCGGCCCUGCUGGAGCUCGUGCGCCUCACGGCCGAGGAGCUUGACCAGCUCCGGCAGCACCUUGAGCAGCUCCGGCAGCACCUGCAGCUGGCCCGCGAGCUGGCGGCAACGACGACGUCAAGCAGCAGCGACUCGGGCGCGAGCGUCCCAACCUUCUCCCCACCAGCCGCCAACCCCCCCACCUUGCUCGAGGCCGGCACCACCGUUACAGCCAUCGCCAUAGAUACCAGGAGCGCGCCAGUUGCUAUCGACGACGACAGGACCGAGGCGGUGCUCGAGCAGCUGGCGGCCAAGAGGCCAUUGCCGCAGCGGGGGCAGCUACUGCAGGCGGUGAUGGAGGCAGGGCCUCUCCUGGAGAACCUGCUGGUGGCAGGGCCGGUGCCGCAGUGGCGCAACCCGCCACCUGUGCAGCCGAUCCCCAGCCCCGUCAUAUCGGCGCCUUCAGGCUCUCGUGCCCCCAUGGGUUGGGGGCCAUGGUAGCAGCUCUUCUCAUUUUCUACUCGUCGACGAUACUAGGAAUUCAUGUAUUUCCAGACUUAUCUCAGGCAGAAAGCAAGGUGCCAGCUACUAUGAAAAGUUCUGUAAUCUUUGUAGACUGAACUUUUUCUGAAUUGAUUGAACAUACAGAAGAACAGAAAAGAAACCCAUAUAGAUGAUGUAAUCUGGAUUCCAUGGGGAAUUAGGAGGUUACAGGCCGCAUAAAUGAGAAAUGGCACCCGAUCGCAUCGACGGGAUGCACAGGGAAGACCAAUUAUUGGCUUGAACUUGUCUUGAACAAUGAUCAUCAAGAAUAAAA